UUAUCUCGCUAAUUUCUCUUGUUAUUGCAGGUAUCAAGGAGUCUGAUACCGGUUUGGCUGCACCCAGCCAGUGGGAUCUUGUAUCUGAUAAACAAAUGAUGCAGGAGGAGCAGCCUCUUCAGGUAGCAAGGUGCCCAAAGAUUAUAAAUCCAAACUCUGAAGAUGCCAAAUAUGUUAUUAAUGUCAAACAGAUUGCCAAGUUUGUUGUUGGGCUGGGUGACAAAGUUUCCCCCACUGACAUAGAGGAAGGGAUGCGUGUUGGGGUUGAUAGGAACAAGUAUCAGAUUCAGAUUCCAUUGCCUCCAAAAAUUGACCCAAGUGUUACCAUGAUGACAGUUGAAGAGAAGCCUGAUGUGACAUAUAAUGAUGUUGGUGGUUGUAAGGAGCAGAUUGAAAAGAUGCGAGAAGUUGUUGAACUUCCCAUGCUCCACCCAGAGAAAUUCGUUAAGUUAGGAAUAGAUCCUCCAAAGGGUGUUCUUUGCUAUGGCCCACCAGGGACUGGCAAAACACUUUUGGCUAGGGCAGUGGCUAAUAGGACUGAUGCUUGUUUUAUAAGGGUUAUAGGAAGUGAGCUAGUUCAGAAAUAUGUUGGUGAGGGUGCUCGCAUGGUUCGUGAGCUGUUUCAGAUGGCCCGCUCAAAAAAGGCAUGCAUUGUCUUUUUUGAUGAAGUUGAUGCUAUUGGAGGUGCACGGUUUGAUGAUGGUGUUGGUGGUGAUAAUGAGGUUCAACGUACUAUGCUUGAAAUUGUGAAUCAGCUUGAUGGGUUUGAUGCUCGUGGAAACAUCAAAGUUUUGAUGGCAACAAACAGGCCGGACACUCUAGAUCCAGCACUACUGCGGCCUGGACGAUUGGACCGUAAAGUAGAAUUUGGCCUUCCUGAUUUGGAGAGUAGGACUCAAAUAUUCAAGAUUCACACAAGAACCAUGAACUGUGAAAGGGAUAUCCGCUUUGAACUUUUAGCUCGGCUUUGCCCAAAUUCUACUGGAGCUGAUAUAAGGAGUGUUUGCACUGAAGCUGGUAUGUAUGCUAUUCGAGCCCUAAGGAAGACGGUAACAGAGAAAGAUUUCCUAGAUGCAGUUAAUAAAGUCAUAAAAGGAUACCAGAAGUUCAGUGCAACUCCCAAAUAUAUGGUUUACAACUGAGUUAUUAUUUCCUCUACUUUCCCAGAAACUAUAUUAGCACUUGCAAUAUUUUCCUCGGUGGAAAUUAUUCAAGGGCAGGUGUUUCUUUCAUCAGCAGUUUGUGAAAUUUGUUUGUCCGAACGAUGACUCUAAAAUCCCUGUACUAAACGUUUUCAUAAUGUUACAUUCAAAAAUUGUUUCUCGGUGUCUUCUUCAGUAAUAACUCGAUAAAAUGGAAAGGGAUGGAUGAAGUGAAAUGGAAUGAAAUGUUUAAUUUAUAA